UUUCAGUGUUUACUUACUCCAUGUACCACUGACUCGAGCUCGCUUAAGAUCCUCAAUCCCAGGAAAAUCAGAGAGCAAGAAACUAGAAAAUGAAAAGCUGAUUAAACAAUCAAUUUUCUCCUUGUAAUGCGUUUGAAUCACGUUGAAGCAGCUAAGAAACGUGUUUUCUGAGGAAUCAUUUCGCGAUUGUUCACUUGAUCUCUGUGCAUAGAUUUAUACCUCGAAAGCACUCUUCUUUCCAUGGAGGUUCAACCCGAGAUGGAGCCCACCUCGUCCAUUAGUUUAAUCGCAGCUGUUUCUUAUGGCAUUGCUUCAAUGGCGAUGGUCUUCAUCAACAAAGCUGUCAUCAUGCAGUAUCCACACUCCAUGACUGUUCUUACACUACAGCAACUGGCGACUUCUUUGCUUAUACACUGUGGCAGACGAAUGGGGUACACAAGAGCCAGAGGAAUCGAUUUGGCUACUGCGAAAAAGCUUCUUCCUGUUUCGAUCUUCUACAAUGCUAAUGUUGCAUUUGCUCUUGCUAGCUUGAAAGGAGUCAAUAUUCCUAUGUAUAUUGCUAUUAAGAGACUCACUCCACUCGCUGUUUUGAUUGCUGGUUAUCUCUUUGGUAAAGGCAAACCGACUACUCAGGUUGCUCUAUCUGUACUACUGACGGCUGCAGGUUGUGUGAUUGCCGCUCUUGGAGAUUUCUCUUUUGAUCUUUUCGGGUAUGGUUUGGCUUUAACAUCUGUCUUCUUCCAGACCAUGUACCUCGUGCUGGUGGAGAAGUCUGGAGCAGAAGACGGGCUUUCCUCGAUAGAGAUAAUGUUCUAUAACAGCUUCCUUUCCCUCCCAUUCUUGUCCUUCCUCAUCAUUGUUACAGGCGAAUUCCCAAACUCUAUAUCGCUUCUACUCGCAAAGUGUUCAUAUUUGCCGUUCUUGGUGAUGCUUGUUCUUUCACUGGUUAUGGGCAUUGUCCUCAACUUCACCAUGUUUCUUUGCACCAUUGUGAACUCUGCACUGACAACAACCAUCGUUGGUGUCCUCAAAGGCGUUGGUUCCACUACGCUCGGUUUUGUACUCUUGGGUGGUGUUGAAGUACAUGCUCUGAACGUGUCCGGUUUGGUGGUCAACACAGCUGGUGGUGUGUGGUACUCUUAUGCCAAGUACCGGCAGAAAAAGGCUAAACCGGCUAAGACAUUGUCUGAUUUGGAAGCUCAUAAAAAAUGAGAACUUCUGGUCCGAUUCGGUUUGCACACCAAAAAAUAAAUUUUAUAUUGCUCAGAAAAUUCAGAUAUAUAAAA